CUGCAUUUUUUCCAUCCACUUUCACGGGAGGCGACGUCAGUUCCUGUCGAGGUGGUCGGAUGGAUGUUCGGUCGGACAGCCGCUUCUGCCACGACGGGGCGCUUCGCUGCGGUAACACGGGACAACAGCGCCCCCGUGCGGGUCACCGCGGGUGGUGUCGGCGAGGGCUCGUGUCGGCGGCAGACAUGGACGUGUUGUAGCUCCGCCGUGCUGCGAGGUGACAGCUGUGAACGAGCCCGGGCACGUCGAGGAGAGACGGAACGUCGGUGUCGGAUGGUGAGGGGGAAAGCCCUGGCCCGCUGUGGGCUGGUGCUGCUCAGUUGGUGGCUGUGUAUCCAGUCAGUGCCUAUCGUUGUGGACAAGAGCGAGGAGAAGCCUCAUGAGGAGAAUCUGGAGCCGCCACAGAGUGCUGAGUCUGGGCUGCACUACGACCGCUACCUCAGGGAAGUCAUUGAGUACCUCGAGAAAGACCCCCACUUUAAGGAAAAGCUCAAAAACGCCAACAUGGAUGACAUCAAGCAAGGCAAACUCUCCAGAGAGCUGCACUUUGUCCACCACAAUUUUCGGACAAAGCUGGACGAGCUGAAGAGGGAGGAGAUGAACAGGCUGCGUAUGCUGAUCAAAGCCAAACACGACAUCGAGGGGGGGGAUGGCCGGACAGUGGACCAUCAGGCCCUGCUGAAACAGUUUGAGCACCUCAACCACAUGAACCCAGACACUUUUGAGGUGGAGGACCUGGACCAUCUCAUCAAAUCGGCAACCAAAGACCUGGAGAACUUCGACAAGGACCGCCACGAUGAGUUCAAGAGAUAUGAGAUGAUGAAGGAGCAUGAGAGGAGGGAACGUCUGAAGAACAUGAAUGAGGACGAACGCAAGAAGGAAGAGCAGCACUAUGAGGAGUUGAGGAAGAAACACGCCGACCAUCCCAAAGUCAAUCAUCCUGGCAGUGAAGACCAGCUGAAGGAGGUGUGGCAGGAGGGCGACGGUUUGGACCCACAAGACUUCGAUCCCAAGACUUUUUUCAAAAUUCACGACAGUAAUGGAGAUGGUUUCUUCGAUGACACUGAGCUUGAAGCUCUCUUCACUAAAGAGCUGGAGAAAGUGUACAACAGUGAAAAUGAAGAAGACGAUAUGGCUCAGAUGGAGGAGGAGAGACUUCGAAUGAGAGAGCAUGUUAUGAAUGAGGUGGACACCAAUAAAGACAGACUUGUGUCCCUGAGCGAGUUCAUCGCUGCCACUAAAAAGGAGGAGUUCCGCGAAAGAGACGAGUGGGAGACUUUAGAUCAAAACCCCUCGUAUACUGAGGAGGAGCUGAGGGAGUACGAACAGCAGCUGACCAACGAGAAGAAUGACAUCAACAUGAAGUCGGCCGAGCUGCAGAAACAGAGGGAGGAGCUUGAAAGGAAGCAGGAAGAACUUAACGCCCAGAAGUUGGGGCUACAGCAGGCAGUAGAAGAAAUGGAAAGGAUAAAAUCCCAUAGCUCAAAUGCUGAGGUCAAACGUGAAAGUGAACCAGCACCAGUCGCACCAGGAAACGAUCAGCCACUGCCCCCUGGUCGUCAGCAGCAAGAUGUGCCAGUGCUAGGACACUCUUAGCAGGCCUCACCACUCUGCGUGCUCCAGAGAACCACGCAUACACGGGGACAACAUGCAAACUCCACGCAGACAGGCCCUGGUUGGUUUGAACCGGGACUGGAACCCAGAACCCUCUUGCUGUGAGGUGACAGCGCUGACCACUACACCACCUUGCAGCCCUGGAUUUAGCUUGUGUUUGAUUUAAUAUAAUUGUGAGUGAAUGUAUGGAUUCUGAAGUGGUUGAUUGUUUACGGUGUGCUUUUGUUAGUGCUUGUGAGUGUUUUAGAAUCUGUCGUUUUUCAUAAUACUUUAAUUUAUGUAUUCUCUACACCACUGUCAAUGACACUGAACUGAGGAGUGACUUAGUCAAACCGAUUUCAAAGCACCUACAGUAGGAGAUAAAACAAGAACACAGACAGACCUUUUGAGGAUCUGUACAGGUAUAUUUCUAUGUCCAUUUUAAAAAGCAGUCAAAUCUAUCUGGUCUAAUUUCAUUUAUUUAUUUGAGGAAUUGAAUGUGGACAAUAAAAUGAAUGAGCUUGCAA